AUGACUGAGGGCCGCCUCCGUAACCAUCAUCUGGAUCAGACUGCAGCUUUCGGAUCGUUUGAGCCGGCACAAGUCUCCCCUAGACUUAAGAGGAGGUCUACCACGGGUGGUGUCCCCAACCGUCCGGCCCGGGCGGUAUUGUUCAGUAGAGGCACGGGCAACGCCGACAUACGGGAUGUCCAUGCAAUGUGUUGUGAUGCAUGCCCGUGUAAAAACGGGGGUAAGGCUGUGUGCUGCGAGCAUUGCUCACUGAAGGAUGAGAACCGCCAUAAGAAACGGGCUGAUCGAGGUGAAGUGAAGGACACAGCCUGCAACACUGACUGGGAGGGCGAGGGGGUCACCAAGGGGGGUCUCUCUAAUGCAGUAAAGAUGAGGAGAAAGAGGCCUCGGAAUAGCUCGUAG